AUGGUGCCAACUCCCAAAAUUACCAAUAAAAAAAUUAUAUCCAACAUGGAUCAGAUCAAAACCAUCGGCGAUGAUUCUAACAAGGCCAAAAUCACGUCACCAUCAAUAAAAUCGGUGGAAGUUAAUGACACCGUUUUAUUUGGCAUAAAAUCGGAAGAAAUGAAUGGCGCCAUUUUAUUCGACAAAUGGUUGACCAAUGAUCUUAAGAGUUUCCUAUCACAAAGUGAUGAUUUUUUAUUAACACCCAAGAUCACAGAUCACGAUGUUUCACCUCUUGUAUCCUCUUCUAUGAACACCUCUUCUUCAGCAUUUAAUAAUAUCAUUGAAUCUCAUAAAUCCGAUUCUCCUUUCUUCACAUCUGUUUCCACAUCCGAUUCUGUUAAAGGGUUUUUCCCUGAUAACUCUUCAAAAUCAAUGAGACAUGGUUUGACGUCAAUCGUACCUGCGGUUACUAUUCCUGCGGAUGACCAACUUUCAUUGCCCAUUUGUCAACCAGAUUAUACAUCUGCUUUGAAUAUUCCUUGGGAGCCCGAUGCAAUCAAUACUCCAAAUUUUCUUUCCGAUAAAUCCCCUUCACUUACUUCCGCUUUAACGGAUAAUAGAACCGAUAUCUCAUCUAAUAGCUUCGUUAAAACUAAGAUACUUCCUAGAAACUCUACUAAGGUCACGGCAACUUCACCUGCAGCAAGUGCGCCCCCUACCUCUCCGUUAACCAAAACCACUGCUGAUAAUAGCCGUAAGCGUUCCGCUAAUUGUGUUGAAAAGGAUUCAAAAACCAUCAACGAAGAAUUGGCUAUCAAACGCGCGAAAAAUACUGAUGCAGCUAGAAGAAGUCGUCUUCGUAAAGUUUUAAAAAUGGAAUCACUAGAGAUGCAGGUAAACGAACUCAAAAUUGAAAAUAAAAAAUUUCAAACUCGCGUUGCUGUUUUGGAAAGUGAAAAGAAGGGAUUGAAAGAAAAGAAUAUUGAAAAAGAUAAUAGAAUCAGAUUGUUGGAAAAACAAUUAGCCGAAUCACAUGAAAGGUUAAUCAAUAUAUCAUAA